GGGUCGCCCCCAUAGCGCGCAGCAUGAACGCUCCGCGGCAAAAGGAUGUGUGAACAAGCAGCGCGCUACUGCAGGGACGGUGUCCACAAACUGCUCCACAAAGAACAAGCCAAACUCCGGGCACAGGACAGCAAAGAGCAGCCCACCCCCGGGGCUCAGGACAGCGAGAUAGCGACGGCUGCACAGUCCGGAAACAGCGGCGCUCAGCCCGGUGGAAUUGACGGGCUCGUCCGCUGGAUAGUCACCAAGAUGAGCGACAACAAGAGCAUCUCUACCCGGGAAUAUGCGAAGGAGGAGGCGGCCGUAGCUCAGGAGCAGUUCUUCGCACCGGAGCCACGGAAAGGCAUCUCUGUCAUUUUGGAUAUUUUCCGAAGAGCUGAUAAGGAUGAUGAUGGGAAGCUCUCCCUCGAUGAGUUCCAGGCUUUCUUUUCCGAUGGGACUCUGAAUGAAGAGGAGCUGGAGAAACUGUUUCACACCAUUGACUCCGAUAACACCAGUAAUGUUGACACCAAGGAACUGUGCGACUACUUUGCCAACCACAUGGGAGAUUAUGAAGGUGUGCUGGCAUCUUUGGAGACCCUCAACCUGGCAAUCCUCAAAGCCAUGGACUUCACCAAGAAGGUGUAUGAACGUGGAACUAACGUUGAACAAUUUGUGACCCGCUUCCUGCUGAAGGAAUCGGCCAAUCAGAUUCAGUCUCUACUGAGCUCUGUAGAGAGUGCUGUGGAUGCCAUCGAUGAGCAACAUUCAUCAGUGGGAUCCUACACCAGUAAAACCAGCCCACGUGUCCCAGAUAGACGCUAUGAAACCCCGGUGCCAGAUUAUCCUCCCAACAACAGAGUCAGCGUAAAGGAGAGCAUGAGGAACAUUAAUACAGGUGCAGGAGCUGUGGAGGUGAGAAAAGAAGGACUUGAGGCACAGAUCAACCGACUGGCUGAGCUGAUUGGACGUCUGGAGAACAAGACAGUUUGGUUUGACCUACAUCAGCGACUAACAGACACUGAUGGCACAACUAGCGCAUCCCUGUACUUGAUCCGUCAGGAGAUGGUGGUUUCUCAGAAGCAGUUGGGAGAGUUCUGCGAGGCCCUGAAACAAUACCUGAAGGACGUGUCUACUCAGAGAGACUGUUUCCAUGUGACUGCUGUCCGGCUGCCUGAUGGACUGUCCUUUGUGGUCUAUGAGUUUUGGGAUGGAGAAGAGGAGUGGAAGAGGCACCUUCAAACCGCAGCUUGCAAGGCUUUCCAGCAUGUGAAAGUGGAUACGCUGUGCCAGCCUGAGGCUGUGUCCACAGUCGCCGUGCCUGCCGCCUGGUGCAGCCUGAACAGAGACUGAUGAAAAGUGAGCCAGUCUAUGGGUGGAACGACCCUGUCUUAUGCCUGAUAUCUUCUUCUCUUCCUCCACCCCUUCUUCUUCAUUUCUCUGUCAAAACUCCUGCUGUCUUAACACGCCCCUUUUCUCUUUGCUCUCUCUCUCUCUCUUUUGUAAUUACUUGUUUACACAGUAUCUAUUUGAUAUGGAGCCAAACGUACAUUGUUAACUGCAGAGAAUGUUGGACAUAAAAUCGAUUCCCUUUUCAACUUUACAACUGCAGAAUACAGAAACGACGUCUAAAAAUUCCUGAAAAUGUUGCACUUGGUUCAGGAAAACUGCAAGCAUUUGCAUUCAAAAUAUCAACUUGCAUAAACAAGCCUCUUCUGAGUAACCGAGGCUGAUUAAUAUUUCAUCUUGCAUACAGUUUACAAAUGGUAUAACUUCUGAGAAGACUAAAGUCUGCAUCAAAGUCGUUUAUGGAUAAUAGCAUUUCUGUUAUUGUUAUGCUUGUUAUAGGUUGGUGAUAUAGGUAAUUUGAUCUGAUUGUUUUUAAUGUAUAAUGCACUGAGCCAUGUAGAGUGAAUGGGUUUAUUAUUUUCAAACAAUGGCAUGAUGCAUACUGCUAUAGUUAAAGGGCCUAAAUCACAUCAUAUACCAAAUAAACAUCUGGUCCAGAAGCACAAUGUACGUGGAUUAUCAUAUAGGGAUAGCAUAGAAAUGUUUAUUUAAAUGUUAUUCACUGAUUGUAAGAUCUUUAAUGAUUAGCAUUAAGAGGACAGUAUUAUCAUCAAUCUUUUAGCUACAGAUGAGUGUAAAGACCUUGAAGUGCAUAGCUGUAGACAAUAACACUGAAAGUAUUCUCCUUUUUCAUUUCUCAUUAUUGAACAUUUGGUGGUGAUGCCUCAGGACAAGCAAAAUUUCACUUCCACAUUGAAGAUAUUUCAAAGUGAAUUGCUUUAAACAUUAUUGAUCAGUAAGGUUGUUGAAUUUGUGCACAAAGACUUUGGUUGGCUCAGUGUAUGAACAACUCGAUACCAAGUGGAACAGACGUCACGUGGCCCAAACUGCAACAUUCCUUUGUUCGCUUUCCCACCAAUCCUGCCUUCUGUUUAAUUCCUCACAGUGAGUGCAUGUUACAAAUGAACGUCCAGUAAAUGAUUUGCCGUAGAAUUUAGCUUAUGCUACUUAAAUUGGAUUUUGUGCAUUUCUUAUUUUCUUUUAUAUGAUUCCAGUAUGGAACAAAAAUGAAUAUAUAUAUAUGAAAUGAAUCAAACUUAAAAUAUGAGAAGUCACUUUUAAUGGCAUUGUUUGAUGAAAUACUUCUUAUACUGUAUGUUUCUGUAAACUGGCUUUCUCUCUUAUGAGUGUAGAGAUUUAUUGCAGGGAUGCAAAAUAUUAUAUUCGUCUUAAAUUUGUUAAAAUUCUAGUUUAUGUAGAGUGCUGCUAUUCAAUAAAGUAAUGAAAAAAACUG